AGGCAAAUUAAAUGACGAAAACAAAGAAAGCAUCGACAUUAAUCUCUGCUAUAAUACCCAGAAUCCUGUUUUAUCUGCGCCAAAGGAAAAUUGCAAACGGCUCUUUCCAUACAUAUCAUUUUCCUAUUCUUCUUUUAUCAAAUCAUAAUCGACUCAUUCACCUUUUUUAUUUUUUACUUUUUAUUUUUGAGCCACAUUCAAUUUUCUCAUCUUAUAUUAUUAUCUUCCGAUUCUCAUAUCAUCAAAACCAUCGCCAAUAUUCAUUAAUCCACUCUUCCUCUAUUACAUGGAUUCCAAUUUAUAUAUUAUGGAGAUGCAGGAGAUUACAAACAUUGUAUUGACGAAGCCGUUUUCAUUAAGAGACGAUUCAGAUUCAGAGGAAAAUUACUGUGCUCCUAAUCUUUUACAGCGUUUAUUAAGUCUCCUUAAGAAUGUGCGGCCAGGAUCUGAUCUCUCACGUUUCCAGCUACCACCUCUAUUCAAUUUUCCAAAGUCACAACUUCAGUGUUAUGGGGAAUCAAUAUAUUCCACAGCUUCAUCAGAUAGAUUAUUAAGCAAAUGUAACACUGGACAGAGUCCAAUUGAUAGACUCAUAUCUGUUGUAGCAUGGAGCAUUUCCACCACACGCCCUCCAAUGUUUGGUACUGCUCCUUAUAAUCCUAUUCUUGGAGAGACACAUCAUGUUUCCAAGGGUAAUCUCAAUGUCUUACUAGAACAGGUAUCUCAUCACCCUGCUUUAUCCGCCCUUCAUGCAACUGAUGAGAAAGAAAACAUAGAAAUCAUAUGGUGUCAUUACCCUGUUGCAAAGUUCAAUGGACGCUCAGUGGAGGCUCAGGUGCAUGGAAAAAGGCAGCUAAAGCUCCUGAAUCAUGGAGAAACAUAUGAAAUGAAUUCACCUAAUCUGUUUAUAAGAAUUCUUCCUGUCCCUGGAAUUGAUUGGAUUGGGAAUGUCAAUAUCAAGUGUAUAGAAACAGGCCUUGAGGCAGAAUUGAGUUACAUAAGUCAAUCUUUUUUUGGAUUUGGUGGAAAUAGAAGACUCAUAAAGGGGAAGAUCAUUGAUUCUUUGACAUCAAAGAUUUUAUAUAAAGUUAAUGGCCAUUGGGAUAGUACUGUAACAGUAAAGGAUACAAAUAAUUCAGAUGAAAGAGUAAUAUAUGAUGCAAAAGAAGUUAUUACAAGGCUACAAGCUCCUGUUGUCAAGGAUGCAGAGAGUGUGUGGCAAACUGAAUCAGCACUUAUUUGGAGUGAGUUAAGUCAAGCCAUCUUGAACAAAGACUGGGAAAAAGCAAGAGAAGCAAAAAAAGUUGUGGAGGAAAGACAAAGGGAGGUUAUGAGAGAAAGAGAGUCCAAAGGAGAAACUUGGGUUCCUAAACAUUUCAUAGUGUCUCAAAGCAAAGAAGGGGAUUGGGACUGUUUACCUAUUCAAAAGUGGGUCCCACCCUCUCCUAUUGUAACCUUGUAGUUUGUUAUAUUGUUUACCAUUUCACCGUUACUAUAAUAAAUAUAUUCUAUUUUACAAACUAUCAGUUGGAGAAAUUAUUAUCAAAGUCAUCAUUAGUUGGCAAACCAAUCUAUCUAUGAAUUAAAGCAAUUUAAAUCUA